AUGGGUAACUGCUGCAGAUCUCCGGCCGCCGUCGCCCGUGAAGAUGUCAAAUCAAGUUUCUCCAACCACGAUCACGCCAAGCGCGUCGGAAACGACAAUCACGGGGGAAAUAAAAAAGCUCCCCCGCCGGUCACCGUUCUCGGCGGCGCGGCCAAGGAUAACAUGGAGGAGCGUUAUUUAGUGGACCGUGAACUCGGUCGUGGUGAGUUCGGUGUGACGUACCUUUGCAUCGACCGUGAUACCAGGGAGCUUUUAGCGUGCAAGAGUAUCUCCAAAAGGAAGCUUAGGACUGCUGUUGAUGUUGAUGAUGUGCGACGUGAGGUUGCUAUUAUGCGCCAUUUGCCGAAGAGUUCGAGUAUUGUGACUCUUCGGGAGGCUUGUGAGGAUGACAAUGCUGUUCAUCUUGUUAUGGAGCUUUGUGAAGGUGGUGAGCUUUUUGACCGGAUUGUUGCGCGUGGUCAUUAUACAGAGCGGGCUGCUGCGGCGGUUGCGAGGACUAUUGUGGAGGUUGUGCAGCUUUGUCAUAAACAUGGAGUGAUUCAUCGGGACCUUAAGCCAGAGAAUUUCUUGUUUGCUAACAAAAAGGAGAAUUCGCCUCUCAAAGCUAUUGAUUUUGGGCUCUCCAUAUUCUUCAAGCCAGGUGAGAAAUUCUCAGAAAUCGUAGGAAGUCCAUAUUAUAUGGCUCCAGAGGUGCUCAAGCGGAAUUAUGGACCUGAAAUAGAUAUAUGGAGUGCAGGAGUGAUACUCUAUAUCUUAUUGUGUGGUGUUCCCCCAUUCUGGGCUGAAUCUGAGCAAGGAGUUGCACAGGCUAUUCUUCGAGGGCUUAUAGAUUUCAAACGGGAACCUUGGCCCAGUAUUUCUGAAAGCGCUAAAAGUCUUGUUAAACAAAUGUUAGAACCAGACCCUAAGCUUCGAUUAACGGCCAAACAAGUGCUUGAGCAUCCUUGGCUCCAAAAUGCUAAGAAGGCUCCAAAUGUUCCUCUUGGAGAUGUUGUCAAGUCAAGGCUUAAGCAAUUCUCAAUGAUGAAUCGAUUCAAAAGAAAAGCCCUUAGGGUAAUUGCUGAUUUCUUAUCCAAUGAAGAAGUUGAAGACAUCAAAGAGAUGUUCAAAAAGAUGGAUACCGAUAAUGAUGGCAUUGUUUCUAUUGAAGAACUAAAAGUUGGAUUCCGAAACUCUGAGUCUCAACUUGCUGAGUCUGAAAUUCAGAUGUUUAUUGAAGCGGUAGAUAAUAAUGGUAAGGGAACACUAGACUACGGAGAAUUUGUUGCCAUUUCCCUUCAUUUAAAAAGAAUGGCUAAUGACGAGCAUCUUCACAAGGCCUUCUCCUAUUUUGACAAGGAUGGGAAUGGAUAUAUUGAACCAGAAGAGCUACGGAAUGCCUUGAUGGAAGAUGGAACUGAUGACUGUACAGAUGUAGCAAAUGAUAUUUUCCAAGAAGUAGACACAGACAAGGAUGGAAAAAUCAGCUAUGAUGAGUUUGUGGCUAUGAUGAAAACUGGAACGGAUUGGAGAAAAGCUUCUCGGCAUUACUCGAGAGGAAGAUUCAAUAGCUUGAGCUUAAAGUUAAUGAAAGAUGGUUCUUUAAACUUAGGAAAUGAGUAG